AUGUCUGCUGAGAAGGACGCCGCCGUCAUGGCUAAGCCUGUCUCGGUUGACGCUCACGUCCCCGUCACUUCGGUUCCUGGUGCUGCACCAGAACCAGUGAACACGGUUCAACAAGACAACGAGCCUGUCAAAGAGAGCAAUGAGCUAGCCCUAAUGCCAUACAACAUCAUCACGGUCGAGAAGAAGCAGCCGGUGCCCACUUCGUACUUCUCAAACACCUUGUCUGCCAUCGGGCUUGCCAACGUCACUGGGCAUCUCAUCAUGUUGCAUGUCAACAUCGCCAGUGCAAAGAGUGCGGGACACGAGAACCUGCUUCCAGCAAAGUGCUUUGCAUAUGCACAGUCCUUUGAAUGCGUAUCGGUCAUCGCUGAGAGCUUGUGGCGUUUGACUGUCAGUUUCAUCCGCAACCCAGUGCCACGACCAACCUACCGCAUUCUUGGUGACAAUGUCCCAGGAGUUGACCUCAUUGUCGUUGCAUGCGGAGAGCCAGUUGAUAUUGUGCUUGACACUGUCAAUGCUGCCUGCCACGUUGACUGGCCUGUUGACAAACUGCGUGUCAUCCUUGCCGACGAUGGAGAUGACAAGAGCUUGAGGGCAGAGGUCAAGGCUCUUCGUAAGAAGCAUCCAAACCUGCACUACUUCGCCCGUUACAAGCCAGAUGGUGUCCAUCACGGCUACAAAGCAGGCAACCUCAAUGCCACCCUUAAAUGGGUCCAAAACAAACUCCCAGGAGGACGGCAUGAAUUCAUGGCUGUGCUUGACGCCGACAUGAUCCCUGAGCCUUGCAUUCUUCGUGCACUUGUGCCACAUGCUCUCAAGAGCCCGAACGUUGGCAUGGUGACCACUGCCCAGCAUUUCUACAACAUCCCCGACAAUGACCCGUUGUAUCAGGCCAACGUCACAGGCACUGGUGCCGAUGACGGUUUUAGAGAUUCUGUUGGAGCAGCAUGGUGCCCUGGUAGCGGCUUCGUCCUGAGGACUCGCGCUUGGGUAUCCAUGGGUGGUUUCCCAGAGUUCACCAUCACUGAGGAUCUGAUGACCAGCUGGUUUCUGCAUGGCCUUGGCUGGCAGAUUGCUCUCUGUCAUGAGAUCCUGCAGUGGGGCAUCCAGCCGGAUUGCCUGUUGACACACCUCAAGCAACGUCGCCGCUGGUGGACGGGGCACGUCCGUGACGCCUUUCGAACCAACUUCUCGCUUUCGGACCCUCGCUUGGAGCAGGCAACUGCCGUCCAGCGUAUUGCCAUGUUCCAUCAUUGUUGCCGACCAUACUUGAACACCUUGUUCAAGGCAUUCUCCAUGAUUCUGAUGGCCAUGGCUCUUUACUUCCAGGGUCAAAUCAUUGCCACCCCUUCUGAGAACACUCUCUGGAACAUGAUGAUGUCUUGCUUCCUGGCCAAGUUCUUGACCAAAGUCAGCGACUGGCGUGGAGCUCGAGCCCUCAGCCACUGGAAUCUGAGACGCCGUCAUGCCACAAAUACCUGGUUGGGUAUCCACUUCGCUCGAGAUGUCUUCUUCAGUGCUCUCCCAAAGAGUAUCGGGGGUCUUCGUCUUGGUUUCGACGUCACUGGUGUGGCCGAUAACCAGCAACCUGUCAAGGAGCGAGAUGCUGAACGUCGACCUCGACUGCUGACUCGCCUCUGGCAAAUGCACAAGCAAGAGGGUAUCUUGUACCACGCCUGUCUCGCCUUCGUCAUGGUCUAUCUCAUGUACCGUGCCGUCAAGGUAGAGAUUGAUCUGUCAACGUAUGGCGGUGCGAUCAUUGUCGACGAUGACUUCUGGCGUCGUAUCCUCACUGGUGUUGGAUAUCCCGGUCUCAAUCUCAUCGAGGUUGUUCCUCUCUUCCUCACACCAGUUGUUUAUGCCAUCUUCCCACCAACCAUGCCUCCUCGUCGGGCGCGUAUGAUGAAGGACGAGGACGGCGUCUGGCGUCCCCGAGAGGACUGCAAGGGUAUAAAAUGGACGAAGGCGAGUUUCUGGCUCGAGAUCCCCCAUGCCCUUGGGCUGAUCUGGACUGUCACUGCUUAUUUCAUCCUUCGUCACCUCCAGGGCUGA